AUGGCGGGGCCAGUGGUCGGCUCAAUCUUUGCCGUCUUGGUCGUCAUCGUCGCUGUCGUCGCCGGCGUUUGGUAUCUGCAGCGUCGACGGGAGAAAUCACGGAUGCGCCAGGAAGCCAAACGGAUGCGCAGCUCAAACUUCGGUCUCUACGAACCAGGCGAGUUGAUCCAUGAAAAACGGGCAAGCAUCGAGGCCACACUAGAGGCGGAUCUUGCCCGGCUGCGGAACUUGGACGUCAACAUCCCUAUCAUCGUUGAUGAUUAUGAUGCCAAAGGUCCACAGCCGCCAACCACCGAGUUAUCCCAACCAUUCCCUUCCUUGCUUAUCGCCCGCAAGCCGAGCUGCCGCGUCAAGAAUUCUUUCGAGGUCGGCUCCUUAGGCGCCGCUGGACACCACUUUGUUCCAGAAUCAAGUGCCAAUGCACCGGGCUACAGUCAGUCUGAACGAGCCGAGGAGUAUGAUGCAUAUCAAUCCCCAACAAAGGCAACUGGAUUAUAUUAUAAUUUACCCGCAAGUGCACUGUCAGUAAAAACCCCAGCCGAUGCCAAACCGGUCUUCCAAAUAGAAGACCCAGCUCAUCAUCCUCCGGCUUUUUUCGCACCAGAGCCGAAAAGCGAUGAUGCACAGAGAUCUGAUUCUAUAAACGACUUCCAACGAUGGUGUCAUAACCAAGGACAUAUUGAGCCAUCCUCAUUCGAUCAAAACAGUUGGCCUCAAUCCCCUUCGAUCGAUUCUAGUAACCGCGAAAUCUCCCCUCUAUCUAUGGCCGUCCAGAACUCGUUCUCUAUGCCCAACCUUCCUCCGCUGCCCCCCCUUCCUGAACACCUUCUCAUGAACCCUUCCCCUUCCAACAACCCUCUCGAAUUCACCAUCCACAAUGUCGAUGUUGAUUCCAAUCGGAAACCAAUCACUUUAUCCGUAGAUCCCUCCCGAGCUUCAAACUACCCACCACACUCUGAUAAACUUGUUUAA